AUGCAGCUCCUCCUCCUAUUCCUCUCCGUCUUCGGCGUCAGUCUCUGCUCUGCCCAGAACGUAAACUUCUUCAUCGUCCCCGGGUCUCGGCCAGCCCAGCUUAAUAGCGGAAACAAAACAUCAGAUUACCCCAUCUAUAGACAACAUGCUAGCACCCAGCUCAGUUGGAAUACCAAUUGGACUAAAGUCAGCCUGGUCCUGUACCAAAAUGAAAACUCAUCUGCAAUCCCUCUUUUCGAAGAUAGGGAAAACGGCCCAAAAAAAUACUCGUUCGACAUGAACCCAGACGUCAACCUCACCUGGAACGACGUCUUCUUCCUCACUCUGUGGAACGAAAACCAGCAGACAGAAGGCGGGCCCCGCUACUUCUCAAGCUCCUAUUUCCGCAUCAACGCAUCAGACUCCUCAUCCUCCUCUCCAGGCGGGGGCAACAAUAACAACAACAACUCCAAAAGCUCAAACUCCGGUCUCUCACCCGCCGCUAAAAUUGGAAUCGGCGUCGGCGUAGGUGUCGGUGCCCCUCUCCUCAUCCUCGCCGGUGCUGCAGUAUUCUACCUCCGCCGCCGCCGCUCAAAACCCACAGCUGCCCAAACACAGCAGCAAGGACUCGAGGACAGUGCUGGCUCUGGCGCUGGCGGGUAUUCCAAUAAGCUUCCACCAAUAUCAGAAGUCAGCGGUGACGCGGCGUACAAGGCAGAAUUGCCAGACGAGUCCACCACGCCGUGUAGAGCGGAGCUACCAGAUGGGUCGACAACGCCGUCGAAGCAGACCGAACCGAGCGAGGUAGAUCCGACGAAUGUUGGUGUUGGCGUCCAGUCUCGGUUUAUAGAGUUGCCUGGAAAUUAG